AUGAACUUGGAACUCAUAAAAAUACGGUUUUGUCCAGAAUGUAGCCAACGAAUAAAUAGCAACUGGUGUGAAUAUUGUGAACCGAUACAGUUUAAAGAAAAUUUUGAUAAUUGGACUAGCGAGGAUACGGAAAUUGAUAGAUUUAUACAAGGAACUCAAUUGAGUGCAAAAAAUUGUACCGAUUAUUUAGAAUGGAUACCAUUUGAAUCUUUUAUCGGGAUUGAUAAAUAUGACGAAGCAGAAACGGGUAUUGUUUAUGCUGCAAAUUGGAAAAAAGGACCUAAAGAUUCCUGGGAUGAAAUUGAAAGGAAGUUCAUUCGAAAACGUGACUUAACCAAAGUUGCAUUAAUAUCCUACGGAAACAAUGCAUAUGCUUUCCUUAAAGAGUCGAUAACAGGGAAUUAUAUGAUGGUAGCCGAAACAGUGGAAUGGGAUGUAAGACAUUAUACUUCACAUCAUUUUUCACAUCUUACUUGGUCAAGAAAAUUGGGAAUCUUAUACUCGAUAGCAUCAACCAUCGAAUCAUUUCAAAACGAUGACCAAAUGAUGGUAUGUAAAGGCACUCACGGUAAUGGACAAAUUUAUAAAUCACAUAUUGAAAUACCCACCAACGAAUUAGGUCUAGGAACUUCCAAGGAACCAAUUCCUACCAAUUCAAAAUCAUUGUUGAAAUCGAUAAUCCAUUCAAACUUGAGACCUACAAUUAGUGAAAACAACAGUUACAUGAUGCCUGAAUGUUACAUUGACUUGAUGAAGAAGUGUUGGUCAUCAGAUCCAAAGUUACGUCCAACAUUUCGUGAAUUGGUAAGCGUUCUUGAAAACUGGCAUUUAUAUAAAAAAGAUUCGGAAGCAUUUGAGAAGUCGGAAAAAAUAAGAAUAAAAAUACUGAAACAUAAAGGAUACGAUACAACUCCAGACAAAUUGGUUGAACCAACAAAAGUACAUCCACAAGCAAUUUAUGCUAGCAGAAAAUUAAAAUUUCCAAUCUUGCACAAAUCGUUACCAGGUCAUUCGAAUGCUGCAGCAGGAGGAGAAGAAAAUCAUCAACAACCAAAAACGAUAGAUUUAGAAUCAUUGUUAAUACGCGACCAAAGUAACCUUCAUCAGUACUUUUAUCAUAGGGAUGAUAUACCAUCUUGGCUUUAUCGAUUGAGUUUAAAAUAUGGAGGUGUAUUUGAAAUGUAUUUCGGGCCCAACAAGCAAUUGAUGAUCAAUGAUUCUCGGGUGGUUGAACGAGUGAUGAGUCCAGCAAAGGAUGGCAACUACUUUAUGCGUUUUAAGACCAAAAUAGGAUUAGAUGAGUUAGAUAUGGGCAGCAAUGGGACGUUAUUUAAUGUGGAUUUCAAUUCUUGGUCUCAUAUCAGGAAAAUUAUCUUUAGGAUUAUAUCGUCACCCAAUGCUUUAAGAUUUUCUGAAAAGUUAGCCAAUGAUAUUUUUCAGGAUUUAGAGAAGUUGUGGGAUAGUUUAAUUGAAAAACAAGGUCAAAUUUGUCAUAAAAAGCAAAAAAAAUCGGUGACGAUUGAUUUUAUGCCUUGGACGAAAAUAAUUUUCGCAGAAUCUAUAAUGUUGAUGACAACCAGCCGAAAACCCAAUUUAUUGUCAUCGUACUACAACAGAAUCACAAAUAAAAAUCUUGAUGGCAAUAUUAAAAGAGAUUCAAAUGAAGAAUUUUUGGAGCGUUUUGUUAUCGCAUCUGAUUGUGUACAAUAUUAUCUGUUAGUUCCACCAUUAAUUCGUAAUCUUCCAAUCGUAAACACUUAUACAAAAUAUUUAAGCCUUCAACAAGGUUCAACAUCAAUAUACAAAGUAAGGAAUUGCAAAUCAGAAUCAGCACGAGGAAAUAAACAUGAACAUUGA